UAGAAUGACUUCAACACCAAGUUGACUGAGGCAGGAGAGAAGCUCGUUGUUGUCGACUUCUUUGCCACUUGGUGUGGCCCCUGCAAAAUGAUUGCUCCCAAACUCGAGGAAUUGGCAGCUGAGUUCAGCACCAGUAUUGUUAUCUUGAAGGUUGACGUGGAUGAAUGCGAAGAAUUAGCUGCCCAGUACCAAAUAUCUAGCAUGCCAACAUUCGUGUUCCUGAAAAACGGAACCACCGUAACCACGUUCACUGGUGCGAACUACGACAAAGUUCGGGAAACCAUUACUUCUAAUUUAUAAAUCUUUAUGCUGAGUGCCUGCUAUAGAUGUUUAGGCUUAGAUUUCAAAAUUUUAAUGUUUCAGAAAAUUGUUCAUGUUUGCACAAAUUAUAUGUAUAUAUUUUUUCUUAACUUCAAAUCCUAAAAUUACUUCAUUGUGCUAUUUUAUUCAUUAAGCGUAUUCUACAUAGAUCACAUAGUGUCUUUAUCAGUGAGCAGUUCAUAGUAUAUUUAAGCUAAUAUAUUUUUUGUUACUGUAUGAGUUCAUAAAGGUUAUAACACA